AACAGCGUGAAAGAAAAGAUUGGGAAAGGACAAGAAGACUAACAGGAGAUCAUUUAUCUCUGUCCUCGACACAAAGCACCUCGGACUGGGCAAAAAAAAAAAAAAAAAAUAGUCGGAGUAGAGCUCGAUCAAAUUUCGAAAACAUUUCAACAUCGAAUCGACUUUUAAUCGAUUAUAAGUUGAGAGUGUCACCGAGCAGCAAUGGCCCAGGAGACCAAUCAGAGCCCGGUUCCCAUCCUGUGCACCAUGGGCUGUGGUUUCUACGGCAACCCUAGGAACAAUGGCAUGUGCUCUGUGUGCUACAAGGAGCACCUGAGUCGACAGCAGAGCAGCGAUCGCAGCCCAGUGAGCCCUCUGGCGGGCAGUCCUUCAUCGGAGACGACGGCCAUGCAGAGACUAGAAGGAAGCCUAAACAAAGCGGAGGCGACCUGCGCAGAAUCGACGUCAGAAGGCAUGUCCGCCGCAGCCUCCCUGCCUGUCACGCAACAGAUGACGGAGAUGAGCAUUUCCAGAGAGGAGAAGAGCCCAUCUCCUACACCGAGCAAUGCGGAAGCAGUCGUUAGCCAGCCAACUUCCUCCUGCUUGCCUCUCAGCGACGUGGCCAAUAGUCCAGACUCGGGCAAACCCAAAAAGAACCGCUGCUUCACCUGCCGCAAGAGGGUCGGCCUCACAGGUUUCGACUGCAGAUGCGGUCAGCUCUUCUGCGGCAUCCACCGCUACUCGGACAAGCACAACUGCACGUACAACUACAAAGCCGAGGCGGCCGCCAAAAUCCGCAAAGAAAACCCCGUGGUGGUGGCCGACAAGAUCCAGAGAAUAUAAAGCACGGAAAGACAGAAGUAUUGAGCUACAACGGAUUAACGGACUUGCGUGUUUUUGCUAUUACGAGAAAGAAGGCUGGGGAAUUAAAAAACAAGUUAUGUGUGACGACCAUGCAUUAAUUACCAUUCUGUUUUAGAUAUUCAUAUUGGUUUCUUUUUGGGGGAGGGGGGACGCUCUCGCCUGCUCUGCCAGCUCUUUGCCAUAGUUUCGCUUUGAUUUGGUGCCGUUAAAGGGAUUCUGCAUUUAACUCUGAGCUCAUGAUUAGGAUUAAGAUAAAAGUAAUACCUUAUAGCCGCAACAAGAAAUGGAAAACUGAGGCUUAAUAUUUGUAUCUCGAGCAUAAGUAUUGGAUCGUUGCCUUUGUAGAAAUCGCAUGGUUUGCCAAAACGAGGUUGUGCAAUUUAGCAUUGUUAGCAGGAUGUUCUCGGACACCUUUUUUUUUUUUUUUGAUUAAAUGGUAUGCUGUUCCGCAACUGGUUAUCUUCCAGUCAGGAUUAGUAGACGAAUUUCCUCCAUCUUAUUUUCUUCCUCGACGUUCCACUCGAGCCUGGAACUGGUAAAAGGUUAAACAGAUCGACUUUCCUCCUAGGCUGCCUGUCCUGGUCAUCAAUCAUUCAUCCUUUUUCCCCAUAACAAUUUCAUAAUGUGAACAUAACUACUGUGAGCCGCUGGCGGACGGACGCCGGAGAUCCGAAGGGCGUUAGAGCGUUGUCGUUCGAGCUUCUUUCACAGCACAAUAGAUAACUAUGGGGUUGUGUUUGUUGUUUUAUUAUUCGAGUGCAGUUAUUUAGCCAUUUAUUUGGUGUUUGUGAAUGUGUAUGUGUGAGAGAGAGAGAGAGAGAGAGAGACGGAAAGAGAGAAGCAAUCCUUCCUGAGUCAGUUAGAUUUGGACAUUUGAUGCUCCACAACCAGAUCAGUGUUUUGUUAAAUGUGAGUGUGAGCUCUAGUACCCUUAACUGAACUCCUCUUUCCGUGUGUGUGUGUGUGUUUUCUGUAACGGCACCGGGAGUGACGAAAAACCGUAUGUAUCUGUUUCUGAGUUUUAAUUUCAGCUGUUAGUUAUAUGCAAAUUUGUACAAAAGAAAAACCCGUUCAUAUUUAUGUACUGCGUUUAAUUAAUCGUUUUACUUUUGCCAUUAACGCAAAAAAAAUAGUAUUGUAUAUAAAAAUGUACAGAAUAAAAUAAAAAUGAAUCACACCG